CGGGUCAUUGCGUCAACAGCAGUCAACACAGACGCCAUCGCUUCUGUUGUGCUAGCUUAAACGAGGAAGAUUGAAAUCAAAGGCAAUCCAUGAUGGACUCCAAGUCUCGCAGACUGCCUUUUUGUCUGUCCAGCAGCUCAAGGUCUUCGUACACAUCCAGUCCAACAGUCUCCUCCUCAUCACUGGGCUCUACUAGGUUGUACAGUAGGGAGACGGUGCUCAAUAAUGACCGCUUCCCGAGGGCUUCAUCAGCUUACAAAGCAGACCUGGACCACCAGAGCUCUCGUCUCCUGAGCUCGUCCAGAGACUACAGCAGCUCGGACAGCCGCUCCACUAGCUGGAAGUUGCCCUCUUCUCUGACAUCGUCCAGCAGAUCUUAUGAUCGCCCGUGGGCUGAAUCCUCCCUCAGCAGCAGGAGUAAAUUGCCUGAUUCUGAAGGGAGGUUGGGGAUGUGCUCUGGUCUGUUGAAUGCCAGCGAUGAUGGCGAUUCUAAAAGGGCCAAACUGUCCUACAGCAACAGAGGACUGUACCCAAGAACGGCCAGCACCUCCGUUACAGGAUCUACUUAUUCCAGUACUGGGCUUAGCAGUGGCAGAGGUACAGGUCAAAAACAAAAUGACACUUAUGAUUCAUCGUGGAGCUCAUGCCGUUUACUUUCACGGUCGCCGUCAUCUUCCUCCGCAAAGCCGCUGUUGUCCAGGAGAGAGCUGGAGACAAAGAACCAGCCCAGUCUCUCAGGUUUGGGAGAAAGAAGGAGAAGUACUCCUGGAUUGUCUUCUUCAUUGUAUCCGACAGACAGAGUGACGUCCACAUAUGCACAGGGUGCUCGGCCUAAAGAGAGUGCCUACUCUCCCUCCUUUUCCUCCUCCUCCGCUACUAGAGAAAGCUACCUAAAUAGCCACCUCUCAUCUUCUACCGCCCACCGAUCUCCUCCGGUGCGCGACUUCAGCAGCAGAACCCCAUCCCGCUUCCUGAACGGCUCAUCCACCCUCCAUUCAUCUCAGGAACAAACAAGAAACCCUAUCUCCUCCUCUUACUCCUCGCACACCUCCAGGCACACUCCUCCCCGGCCCAGACCAGAGGUCCCGCUCCCUUCGAGGCCAGCCCCUGAAGGUGGAGAGACAGAGGGCCGCAGCUCCACUCGCCGCCUUUUGUCCCGUCUCUUUUCACGGCGCUCCAGCCAAGACUCUUCUAGCGGAUCCUCCAGUGUUCGCUCCCUUGAUGAUGACAGUCCAUCAACUGGCGGAGAGUCUGUGGACAGUGACGAGGGAGCCAGGGUGUCUAGCGUGGAGCCUGAGACUAGAGGAUCCGAGGCAACGCUGGGUAGCCUCCGGAAUCGUAGAGCCGACCUCGCCCCUAUCCAGGAAAACAACGAUGGCUGUCGUGGUGGCCCGGCUCAGUCCAGAGCGGCGUUGUUGAGAGAGCCUGGCGUCGGCAGUAGUAAUACCAGCGGCAGUGGAGGAGGCAGUAGCUACUCCUGGCUUUCCUCCUCCUUCCGUGGCCGAUGCCCCCCCCUGCUCUCUCGCCUCAGAAGACAUGCUCGGGACGAGAAUGCGCAGUCGUCUGCAAGCGUAGAAGAAGGCUUCAGCCGCCCACAGCAUUUACUGAGAAGGUGGGAUGGCAUUGAGCAUAAAGCAACGCAGGAAGAUGAUGAUGAUGAUGAAGAAGAAGAGGAGGAAGAAGAAGAAGAAGAGGAGGAGGAGGAGGAAGAAGAAGAUGAAGGAGCGGUUGGUUUAGAGCCCUUAGGCACAGGUCGUCCCUGGAGACUCGAGGAGGAAACGUUACCUGAACUCGAAGAUGCCUCGGUUGAAUCUUCGCUGCGUCGCAGAGUCGGAGUAUUUGAAAACAUUUUGGUUUCUAUGGGUGGUGCUGAGAGCCAGCGGGAUGGCCAGAAGGAGAAAUCCGUUUCCAGUGUGGAUCAAGAGAAGCUCCGUAAGAUUAAGGAGAGACUGCUGCUGGAGGAUUCUGACGAGGAAGAAGGUGAUCUGUGCCGAAUCUGCCAGAUGGGGGAGGAAGCUGCUGCCAACCCCCUGAUUCAGCCUUGCCGCUGUACAGGCAGUCUGCAGUACGUCCACCAGGACUGCAUCAAGAGAUGGCUCCGCUCCAAAAUUGGCUCUGGCACAAACCUUGAGGCCAUCACAACAUGUGAGCUCUGCAAGGAGAAGCUGCGUUUGAACAUAGACAACUUCGACAUUCAGGAGUUAUACAGGACACAUGUACAAUCCGAAUAUGAUGAGUUCAUCAGCAGCGGUCUCUAUCUGGUGGUGCUGCUGCAUUUCUGUGAGCAGAGGUUCUCCGAUGUCCUCGGCGCAGUCGAUGCAGCUGGGUUGUUCAACCUGGUGAGAAUUCUUCAUGAACACAUGGACAAUCUGGAAAUUCCCCAUGGGGAAGGGGACGAGGAAACGCGAGACAACAGACCAUCUAUUGACUUUUCUGACCUGGACGACGAUCUCGAAGAGGAGUACUAAUUAUGUGAUAGGGUGGAUUAUGGGUUUAAAAAACAAGAAGAAAAAAGUGGGUCACUUGAUGCCAUAUGGUAGCUCACCCAGUUUUCACACAUGCUUUUGACAUUGUCAUGUUCAUCUGAAACUGAACGGCAGUGCACAGAACACGUCUCGCCUUUGUUGCAAGUGGCUUUUGCAGAUAUGCAAACUCCAAAUGAACUAAUGUGUAAAAAUAUUUUGGUUGACACAACUGUAAUUUUUUUUUUCCUUAUGGGAGUGCACUUUAUUCAAUUAUAAUUCAAUAAAAAUGCAAGUCUUUUUAACGGUUAUACCACAAGUGCUUUAAUGUUUGUAUGAAAAGGCAGGAAUUGAAAUAGCAGAGGACAAGUGUCGAUUAAUACUUGUGAUGUAAGAUGGAUGCUGUUAGGAGAGAAUAUACAAAGUGAUUAUUCCUUUUGUUGUUCCUCUGACAUUUCCCACUGAG